AGGCCGCGCGUCCGCUAGAGGCUCCCCAGUCCCCGCCGCCGCCGCCGCCGCCGCCCCCGGCCGGUCCCCUGGUCGGCGUCUGCAUCCGGGUCCAGAGCCCUCUCCCAGCGGUAACGAUGCCGAGGAGGCAGUGACCCCGAGGGAGGCCAGAACCCGGGCGGCGGGUUGGGAAUGAUUGUACAGCCAGUUCCUCAUUAUAAGGGAAGGGGUUAAGGACACACCUUUGGAAGACGUGCAAACUACUCUAGCUUUACGAGAUGGCCCAGGACACUGAAGAACCGGUGACCGCUCUCUAAGGUGGCGGUAUUACUGAACAGCUGAAAAGAAUCUUCAUAAACCGUUGUGUCUAGGAGGGCAUAAUUGCCAUCCUCAUUAAAGAAUUCCAUGAGGAUGCCUUUCCUGUGCCAGCUGCUCUAGAGGAAUCACACAGGCCACAGUGCUGGGGGCCGGCUGUCCCCUCAGCAGCACUGUCUCUGAUUUCCUACAGGAACUGCUGCCAUGUCCCACCAACCAGUUAACUGCCUGACUGAAAAGGGGGACAGCCCCAACGAAACCACAGGAAAUGGACCCCCCAGUCUGGCUCACCCGAACCUGGACACGUUCACCCCGCAUGAGCUGCUGCAGCAGAUGAGAGAGCUUCUAAUUGAGAACCAUCAGCUGAAAGAAGCCAUGAAGCUGAACAAUCAAGCUAUGAAAGGGCGAUUUGAGGAGCUUUCAGCCUGGACAGAAAAGCAGAAGGAAGAACGCCUUUUUUUUGAGACCCAGAGCAAAGAAGCCAAAGAGCGCCUAACGGCACUGAGUCUUGAAAAUGAAAAACUGAAGCAGGACCUCGGAAAACUAAAAGGGAAAACUGAAAGGUCAUUCGAGGUCCCCAAGGCAGAAGCAGAACAGGAAGUGGAACAGCUGAAGACCCAGGUGGCACGCCUUCAAGCUGAAAAGGUCGAUCUGCUGGGCAUCGUGUCUGAAUUACAACUCAAGCUGAACUCAGGUGGCCCCUCCGAAGACUCCUUUGUUGAAAUCAGGAUGGCUGAGGGAGAAGCAGCUGUGGCAACGAAAGAAAUCAAGCCAAGUCCUGGGCCCACAAGAACUGAUUCCACUGACACGAGCAAAUCUGCAGAAGGUGCCAGGAAUUAUUUGGAAUUUGAGGAAUUAACUGUGAGCCAGCUCCUGCUUUGUCUAAGGGAAGGAAACCAGAAGGUGGAGAGACUUGAACUUGCCCUCAAGGAAGCCAAAGAAAGAAUUUCUGAUUUUGAAAAGAAAGCGAAGGAUCAUUGUGAGAUUGAGACCCAGACAGAGGGGCGCACAGAACAAGAGAAAGAAGAGGAGAAAGGCACGGAAACUGUUGGAAGUGAAGUGGAAACGCUGAACCUUCAGGUGACAACCCUGUUUAAGGAGCUUCAGGAGGCUCACACGAAACUCAGUGAGGCUGACCUGAUGAAGAAGAGACUUCAGGAGAAAUGUCAGGCCCUUGAAAGGAAAAAUUCUCCAAACCCAUCAGAGCUGAAUGAAAAGCAAGAGCUUGUUUAUAAUAACAGAAAGUUAGAGCUCCAAGUAGAAAGCAUGCGAUCAGAAAUCAAAAUGGAGCAAGCAAAAACAGAAGAUGAAAAAUCCAAAUUAGCCACUCUACAGUUGACACACAACAGGCUUCUUCAAGAAUACAAUAAUGCACUGAAAACAACUGAGGAACUAAAAAGAAGAGAGUCGGAAAAAGUGGAUAAGGUGGUGCUGCAGGAACUGAGUGGAAAGCUGGAACUGGCAGAGAAAGCCCUGGCUUCCAAGCAGCUCCAAAUGGAUGAGAUGAAGCAGACCAUCGCCAAGCAGGAGAAGGACCUGGAAACCAUGGCUGUUCUCAGGGCUCAGAUGGAGGUUUAUUGUUCUGACUUUCAUGCAGAAAGAGCAGCAAGAGAGAAGAUUCAUGAAGAAAAGGAGCAAAUGGCAUUGCAGCUGGCAAUUCUGCUGAAAGAGAAUAAUGCUUUUGAAGAUGAAGGCAGCAGGCAGUCCCUGAUGGAAAUGCAGAGCCGUCAUGGGGCGAGAGCAAGUGACGCUGACCAGCAGGCUUAUCUCGUUCAAAGAGGAGCUGAGGAUAGAAACUGGAUGCAGCAGGAACAACAGAAUAUUCCAAUUCAUUCUUGCCCCAAAUGUGGAGAAGUUCUGCCCGACAUAGAUACACUACUGAUUCAUGUUACAGACUGCAUCAUUUAAGUGUUGACCUUUCACCUCCCCCAAACUGUUGGUAAAUGUCAGAUUUUUUCCUCCAAGAGUUGUACUUUUGUGUCAUUUGUUUCACUCAAAUAUUUUGGCUCAUUAUUUUAGGAGAAAGAAAACCAUUAUGUUCUAAAAAGGACAUUUUUUGGUGCAUUCCCACAAACUCGCAAAAUAGAAUCCUUAACGUACCACUCUUCUGAUAAGAGGUCUGUUUUUUUUUUUAAUAUUGUUGAUGUGAGCACUGAACUGUCCAUGUGGGUUAUGAGUGUGUGACAUCGUGGAUAGAGUAAAUGUGGUAAUAAGAUGGAAGAAGCCUCACUGAUUAAGAACUUUCUAAGGAGGCAGGAAAAAUGAAGUGGUCACAGAUUUAAUCAAGAAAAGUGUCUUUGAAGUAUUUUUAAAUAAAUUACAUUGUUAUUUUUCUUUAUUCAUUUAAGAUAGAUCUAUCUGGGGUUGUGUAUGUGUGUAUAUCUUACAGUUUUAUUUCAGCCACAGCACCAAAAUUACGAUGUGGCUCUUUUCAGAUGCGCCCUGUGACCUUUUACUUGAUCCUCAGGACAAGUGAAAAAAUACUGACCUACAUGAAGCGGAUAUAUUAGGUUCACUGGAUGUCACGUAAUCAUCCACAGUGUAAAGUUUUCUUUUUCUUUUGUUGUGCUGCAGGUAUAUGUUUAUCAACUAUACAGUAAAUAGUGUAUUAAUUUCUAAAAAGAAUAGCUAUCUAUUAAUUUUCUUCCUGGAUCAGGCUCUAUAUUCAUAAUCACAAAAAUAGUUAUUGCAAAAAAAAAGUUAUUGCAAAAUAAAAUUUUGCUUAUGAAUCUUUCACAUUG